AUGCAGCUCGGCGUCGGCGAAGUCGUCCGAAUCUUCGGCCUCACCUCGGAUAAGGGCCGCGAGCUCAACGGUCGCGAGGCGACGGUCCUCACGGUCGGAGACCGGUGCCACGUCGAGCUGGCUGGCGGCGACGCUGUGUCAGUCCGGAAUUGCAACCUGGUCCGCGCCGGCGAGUACGAUUCGGACGACGGGUGGAACGUCGGCCGUGUCGCGAAACGGCAGCGGACAGAGCCGGGCAGCGCCAGCAGCUCGGGAAGCUCGAGUACAGCGCUCGCGGCCUCCAGCGCUGCGCCCUCGCCAGCCGGAGUGAGCGAGGAGGGCGCCGUCUGGCUCGUGCUCUCGUCGUACUCCUUUCCCGUGGGCUGCGCGUGCGUCGCAAACGCUCCCAUCGCCGCCGCCUUCCGCUCGCUCGAAAAGUUUGAGGUAUCGGUCCAGUGCGAUGACGAUGCGAGUGAGGAGAGGCACUUCAAUUCGGAGGCGCUGCUCUACUCGCGCGCCGCCGCGGUGGCCGCUGGCGUGCCCUUCCCGCUCUCGCAGUGGAUGCCCCUCGGCAAAAGUGGAUUUGCGUACCAGAUCCUCUCCUCGGGCAGCUGCGAGGCGCUGGCCAAGUUCGAGAGCGGCCGUCCGCCCACCGGCUCGGACAACGCGCUGCGCCUCAAAAACGAGGCUGGUCGCUCGAUGGGGUCGGCGCCCGAGAAGCGGCAGCUCGGCAAGGUGUUCGGCCUCGGAGCGAAGACCGCCAUCGACCUCGUCGAGGCGGCGGUGAGUGUCUUCACCGCUGCUGGGUGCCCUCCUCUGCUCCGCCUGGGUGUCACCAACACAGCCCACGACGCGCCCCGGCUGCCGGCCGGCUGCCGGUUGUACCACGCCUCCGCCCCGACGGAGCCGGUCAGCGAGGCGGAGGCGCUCGAGAUGCGGAGGCACGCGGACUUCAUGGGUGGCUCUCGCACGCGCGGCCGCGCGGGCCACGAUGUGGACUUGCUGCUCUGGCACGCGACGGAGCCAAACAGCUGGGGCGAGGGCGAGGAGGCGUGCGUGCUGCUCCCGCUGCUGCGCGAGCUGCUGCUGCCGGCUGGCGGCGCGACCGGCCCCGGCCUGCUCCCCAAGGAGGAGGCGAGGCUGCAGCUCGUCCGCCGGCCGCACGCCGAGAAGCAGCGGCGUGACGCCGACGGCGCGCGCGCCUACCUGCCUCGGCGCAAGGCGGCGGCGGCGAGGGACCGUGGCUCGGACAUACUACACGGGGACUGGCACGACAAGGCGUAUGGCAUCUGGCGCAAUACUGCUGGCCGACACCGUCGGAUAGACAUCGUCGUGGUCGCGUUCCCGGACGAGCUGCCGUACGCGCGACUGACUUGGACCGGCUCGCGGACCCUCAACCGGCUCCUCCGCCACCGCGCGAUCCAGCUGGGGCUGCACCUCACCGCAAACGGCCUCACCGCCCACCCGCCCGCGGGCCGAGGCCGGCAGGAGACGACGGUCGUGCUCGACGCGAGGCCGGGCCGAGAGAGGGUGGAGGUGGCGCUGGUGGGGCACGCGCCGGUCCCCGACUGCACGAGCGAGGAGGAGGUGCUGAGGGUGCUCGCGGGAGGCACGGACGCCUUUGCGGGCAUAUACGACCCGCUGAUGCGGAAUGCGUGA